UUUGAGGCAGGCUGGUGAGUGUGUUACUGUAGCGCGCUCCCUAGCAAACGAAAAGUGGUUGCCUAAGAAGUACGAUUCAGCAUGUACACCCAUGGCACGUCACACGGAGCACUUUUCGUGGAAUAAGCGGUUUUUGCGAGGACUUUGCAACUCUGUGAUGUGCAGCGCGGAGCGGGUACGGUGCUUGGGCAGAAGCAGAGCCGGGGGAGCGCGCGGACUGAAUCUGAGGAGAUAGUCAAGCACCGGGGAGAGUGGUGCGGUGCCAUAGGGGACUCGCAUCGCAUCGGUCGGCGCGCACUACUAGCCUGACCCCCAGAUUCCAGCGCAUUCCAGAAGAAGCGAGAAAGAACACAUGAUCAUCAUGUCAACAGGUUGCUAUCCUAGCGAGUCUCCGUAGCAGAAGCAGAGCGCGCGCCCUGUCGGCAUGGACUCUGCGUUGUGGAGAGCCCUCUAGUCUCUCGACGUGCGUCGAACCUGCGACCUCGUGAAUUGGACUAACGGCCCUGCUUGCUUUGCCCGAAGCGACGCGCACACGGGAAAUGCAAAUUUAAAUGAACACGUCCCUGUGCGUUGUGCGCUGCGCUGCAGAUUUGCGCGCUCUUUACUUCUUCCGCCGCAGAAUGGCCGCUCGCGGCGCGUGGGCCAGGUGCUACCUCUGGGUUCUCAUAGCCGCAUGCAGGUGUGCUCUGCCGCGCGCCAAGUCUCUCGAAUCCGUUAUCUGGAGCUCCCAGAACCCCAAGUUUCAGCCUGGGAAAGGCCUGGUGAUUUAUCCUGAGAUUGGAGACAAGCUGGACAUUAUCUGCCCCAGGGCAGAGGCUGGGAGGCCUUACGAGUACUACAAACUGUACCUAGUGAAGAAGGUGCAGGCAGACUUCUGCAGCACGGUCAUGGACCCCAACGUGCUUGUGAACUGCAACAAGCCUGAGAAGGAUAUCAAGUUCACCAUCAAGUUUCAGGAGUUCAGUCCGAACUACAUGGGUCUCGAGUUCAAAAGGAACAUCAACUACUACAUCACGUCUACUUCCAAUGGAACAUUGGAAGGCCUUGAGAACAGAGAAGGUGGAGUUUGCAGCACACGCUUCAUGAAGAUUAUUAUGAAAGUUGGACAAGACCCGAACACUGUAAUCCCAGAUCCAGUGAUUGACACCCCUGGCAAAGAGCAGGAGACCAUAGUAAAAGAGUCAACUACCAGGCCGCCUCCCAAAAAAGGGAGGGAAGGAGCGGAGAAGCAAGGAAACAAAGGUACCAUCAACCAAAACAAGACGAGCAUGGGCGAAGGCAUCUUUGGCUCCAAGGUGGCUCUGUUCGCAGCUGUUGGUGCAGGCUGUGUCAUCUUUCUGCUCAUCAUCAUCUUCCUCAUCGUGCUUCUGAUCAAAGUGCGGAAGCGGGCGCGUAAACACACACAACAGCGCACAACGGCCCUCACCCUUAGUACUUUGGCUAGUCCCAAGUGCUCGGGCAAUGCCGGCUCUGAGCCUAGCGACAUCAUCAUCCCGUUGCGGACUACAGAGAACAACUACUGCCCCCACUACGAGAAGGUGAGCGGGGACUACGGACACCCAGUGUACAUUGUCCAGGAGAUGCCCCCGCAGAGCCCUGCCAACAUUUACUACAAGGUGUGAAGACCAGCAGCAGGAACAUGGAGCAGCAAUGUUUUGUGGCACACUUAGGAUUAAAACCUUACUUUUUUUUUUCUUUUUAACUCCCUAGACCUGCUGAUAUUGGAGGAAGCCUGAACAUUUUGAGCAGUGAAAUACGGAAUGCAAAUCAUAAAAAAGCAAGAGAGAGUGGAAACAAAACUUGUAGAUGAGAACAGGAGUCAAAAGUGUGCAUUUUCUGCACCAAGAGCUACUCCUUCCAUCCAUUACUGCUUUAAAUUUUUGGAUAAGAAAAAACCAAGGAGGGAUGAAUGAUCAGGUAUCUGACAGCCAUUUUCCUCACUUGUUUGGUGACAAGAAGAAACACAACAUGUCCAGAUGUUUGAAAUCCUGCCAGUAGCCACCUGUCUGUCAUUCAGGGCUUCCUUGGUGGAGUGAAAGCCUUGCCAGAUUGCUCAGGUAACAGGGCACAUUAGGGCAGAGUAGCACUGUGCCAUUGCACACUCCCGUGUUUACCUUUCAGCUUUCCUCAUCCUCAUAAUUGUGUUUUGCCUCAUAUUUACAGUAUACAUAUGUUGGUGAUAGCUGAAUAUUUUGCCUUUUAGUACCAGUGCUAGCAGAAGCCAAGGACACACUCAUGAUGUCUGUUUUUAGAGUAAAACUCAAUAUUUCUGGUUGUCUUAUAGGUCCACAGACUCUGCCGUGUCAGACUUCUGGUAUUUAUGGCCAUUGUUGUUCUUAGUCAUCUCCAAAGGUGCCUGGUCGUGUACAGACAGGAAUGCAAGCAGUGAGAAGUUGAGAUAAAACUGCAGUGUACCUGUGGCUUCCAGGAGACUGCGGGUGACGCUGAAGGUUCGCCAGGUGCGAGUAGGGUGAAAGCCAUAAAAGUGCACAGCGACCUUAAAAAUGUGGUAUUUGUCUUUUUCCUUAUCUGAAGUGUAACUUAAAUUUUCAUCCAUCCAUUUGGAUGACUGGGGUAUGACUCUUCGAGCAAAUGAAUGGAAAGGUUGUAUUUGUUUGACAGAAGCACACGUGUUGAAGAAAUUAAGAUGUUAUCAGCAAACCUGGAGAUUUGUCUUCCAUGAACAGGCAAGCUCUGAUUAUGAGAUUCAGGUGAGUUAGUGUAUUUUUAAAUAUCAUGUAAUGUGUCUUCCGGAAUUUUCUGUCAGUCUAGAUGUGUUGUGUAUGAUAAUUGGUAAGGCUGUAGAAGACAAUGAAGUUCCAGCUUUUAGUGGGGACUUAUUUUUUGACAAGUUUGGCAAGGGCUUUCACUGUUCAUAUAGAACUCUGGGCCAAGAACAUGUGCAAAUGAGAUUAUUAAAAAAGUAUGAAGAUUUGCAUCAAAGCCCUUUUUUUUUUUUUUUUAAGUCCAUACACGGGCUUUUUAAUACAUUCAAAUAAGUUUAAUAAUAAGACUUAUUUUUAACAGUAUAAAUAUUUUUUUCUAUGCAGACUUAUAUUUAUAAUAAGUCUAAAAAGUCACGAUCUGAAGUUAACUUUGUUAUCCUGGGUUGUGCCUUGAAUGACAAAGGUGUUGUUUUUAUCAUGCAUAGUCAUUGUAAUCACCACAGCUUCACAGCUCCUAGGCUCUGGAUUUGGAUGCAGGUUUGAAUUUUGCUGAGUCAGAAAAGCCUUUUUUUCUAAACUCAGUAAUGACCAACCAACAAAAUGACACCAGUGUACUUACGGUUACUUUCUGCUGACCCAAAAUAUCAUCAUUCUAGCAACUGACAUGGUUUUUAGUGUCUUCUCUGUCUUUGCUGGACAGCAAGGUGUCUGUUAAUUCUGUGCAAGAAAUGAGGUGACUUCUGCUGCAAAGGUAACCUGUACAUAUAUAUAGCUUGUAAGAGAUUUUCAAAUAACGAUUUGUGUUCUACAUUUGAGUUCUACAUGUUGCCUUUCUAAUGUAUUUUUCAGUUUAUUUUUGUAAUUUUAUGUACAAUCUCGCGCAAAUUACAUUGGAACAUGUAAAUAUGUGAAAACAGAUCAGCUUUAAAGUUAAAUUUAUUAGA